UUUUUUUUUUUUUUAAGUAGGCACCACACCCAGCCUGGACCCUAAUGCGGGACUUGCACUCACAACCCUGAGAUCAAGACGUGAGCUGAGAUCAAGAGUCAGAUGCUUAACUGACUGAGCCACCCAGGAGAGCUGCUGUUUUGCUUCCACAUCCCACUUUACUCCGGCUAAUCUGCUAAUGCAGUGAAUUGGAGGACAACUGUUAACAGGAUAACCUGUAAUGGGCAAGGAGCCACAGAGAAGAAAACAUUUGUUUUAAUUUUUAAACUUGGUUUAAAGACCAGCAUGUUUUGGAAAUUUGAUCUUCAUUCAUCAUCCCACAUAGACACACUUCUAGAAAGAGAAGAUGUAACACUGAAGGAGUUAAUGGAUGAGGAAGAUGUUUUACAGGAAUGUAAAGCUCAGAACCGCAAACUUAUAGAGUUUCUGUUAAAAGCAGAAUGUCUCGAAGAUUUAGUCUCAUUCAUUAUAGAAGAACCACCUCAAGACAUGGAUGAGAAGAUCAGAUACAAGUACCCAAAUAUAUCUUGUGAGUUGCUCACUUCUGAUGUCUCCCAGAUGAACGAUAGGCUGGGGGAAGACGAGUCCUUGCUCAUGAGGUUAUAUAGCUUCCUCCUAAACGACUCCCCCUUGAACCCACUACUUGCCAGUUUCUUCAGCAAGGUGCUCAGUAUUCUUAUCAGCAGAAAACCAGAACAGAUUGUGGAUUUCUUAAAGAAGAAACGUGAUUUUGUAGACCUUAUAAUAAAGCACAUAGGAACUUCGGCCAUCAUGGAUUUGUUGCUCAGGCUCCUGACAUGCAUUGAGCCUCCGCAGCCCAGGCAAGAUGUGCUGAACUGGUUAAAUGAGGAGCAAAUUAUCCAGAGACUUGUGGAAAUAGUUCAUCCAUCGCAAGAAGAAGAUCGGCAUUCAAAUGCUUCACAGUCACUUUGUGAAAUUGUUCGCUUGAGCAGAGACCAGAUGUUACAAAUUCAGAACAGUACAGAACCAGAUCCCCUGCUUGCCACUCUAGAAAAGCAAGAAAUUAUAGAGCAGCUUCUAUCAAAUAUUUUCCACAAGGAGAAAAAUGAAUCAGCCAUAGUCAGUGCAAUCCAGAUACUGCUGACUUUACUUGAGACACGGAGGCCCACAUUUGAAGGCCAUAUAGAGAUCUGCCCACCAGGCAUGAGUCAUUCGGCUUGUUCAGUCAACAAGAGUGUUCUAGAAGCUAUCCGAGGAAGACUUGGAUCUUUUCAUGAACUCCUGCUUGAGCCACCCAAGAAAAGUGUGAUGAAGACUACAUGGGGUGUGCUGGACCCUCCGGUGGGCAAUACCCGAUUAAAUGUGAUCAGGUUGAUAUCCAGCCUCCUUCAGACAAACACCAGCAGUAUCAAUGAGGACCUCAUGGAGCUGAAUAGCAUUGGGGUCAUAUUGGACAUGUUCUUCAAAUAUACGUGGAAUAACUUUUUACAUACACAAGUGGAAAUUUGUAUUGCACUGAUCCUUGCAAGUCCUUUUGAAAAUACAGAAAAUAGCACAAUUACUGAUCAAGACUCCACUGGUGACAAUUUGUUACUGAAACACCUUUUUCAAAAAUGUCAGCUAAUAGAACGGAUACUGGAUGCCUGGGAAAUGAAUGAGAAGAAACAGGCCGAGGGAGGCAGGCGGCACGGCUACAUGGGACACCUGACAAGGAUAGCUAACUGUAUCGUGCACAGCACUGAUAAGGGCCCCAACAGUGCAUUAGUACAGCAGCUUAUCAAAGGUAAGUGCUUUAUGAAAGUUUGUUAUAUCCUAGUGGGGGUUGGGAAAUACAGUGUUACAACCUGCCAUAUUCAUUCAUCCAGUGAUGAUGAAAUUGACUUUAAAGAAACGGGUUUCUCACAGGAUUCUUCUUUGCAGCAAUUUGGCUUCAACGAUGAGAAGUUUGCAGAUCAAGAUGACAUUGGCAAUGUUUCUUUCGAUCGGGUAUCAGACAUCAACUUUACUCUGAAUACAAAUGAAAGUGGAAAUAUUGCUUUGUUUGAAGCAUGUUGUAAGGAGAGAAUACAGCAGUUUGAUGAUGGUGGCUCUGAUGAGGAAGACAUCUGGGAAGAAAAGCACAUUGCCUUUACACCAGAAUCCCAAAGACGGUCCAGCUCGGGGAGUACAGACAGUGAAGAAAGUACAGACUCUGAAGAGGAAGACGGAGCGAAACAAGACUUGUUUGAACCCAGUAAUGCCAGUACAGAGGACAAAAUGGAGGUAGACUUGAAUGAACCACCCAACUGGUCAGCCAACUUUGAUGUCCCCAUGGAGACGACCCAUGGUGCUCCCUUAGAUUCUGUGGGGUCUGAUGUCUGGAGUACAGAGGAGCCAAUGCCGACCAAGGAGACGGGCUGGGCCUCUUUCUCAGAGUUCACGUCUUCCCUGAGUACGAAAGAUUCUUUAAGGAGUAAUUCUCCAGUGGAAAUGGAAACCAGCACUGAGCCGAUGGGCCCUCUGACUCCCAGUGUUGCCACACUGGCCUCGCAGCCGGAAGCACCAGCCAGUGUGGCCAUGGAAGCCAGCUCUGACGGAGAGGAGGACGCAGAUAGUGCAGACAAGGUAACUGAGACAGUGAUGAAUGGCGGCAUGAAGGAAACGCUCAGCCUCACUGUAGACGCCAAGACAGAAACCGCAGUCUUCAAAAGUGAGGAAGGAAAACUGUCUACCUCUCAAGAUGCUGCUUGUAAAGAUGUGGAGGAGAGCCCUGAGACAGCAGAGGCGAAGUCUGCGGGCCCCCGGCCCCCCAGCAGUAGCCCAGAGCAGAGGACUGACCAGCCAAGCAUGCCAGGCGAUACGUCUGUCAACGGCCCUGUAUGAUGAGUGACCCCUGCUGCUGCUGACUGAGGACUGCAGGCCGCCACCGCUCGGGGCCUCUGGAGACUUCACCUGGAGCCCGCCAAGCUGUCACUGCUGCACUCACUCUGCAAGGGAUCAGGACCAGCAACCUUUAUAUUCUAGAUUCUAAGACAUUGUACAGAGAAAUCCAGAAGUGUAAAAAUAUUGCACAUUGACAAAUACCAAGAAUUUUUGCGUAUGUUUAUAUUGUAUUGUUCUAAAUAAUGGGUAGCCUGUGAAAUAAGAUCGUGCCGCCCAUGUAAUAAUAGUAGUAAUACUCUAGUUAAAAUGGCUGUAAGAAUAGUUUUAUAAAAGUGAGGACACAGAGCUAUUGUAUUUGAAGCAUAACUAUUUGACAAUUAUUAGUGUGACCAAAGUCUUAGGCAGUUUUCAUACAUUUUUCACCUUGUACAAAAUUCUGAAUUCAUUUCUCCUCCAGGCUGGUAAGGAGUUGUAGGGUUGAAAUGCCCUCUAAGUGUUAUUUUGGUUGUUCUAACUUACAAACGUGAUUUUGAAUAAGAAAUAUUUGGUGUUCUUUUUAUAACCAGUUUUUGAUUGGUAACUGUUUUCUGUAUUGUUUUAAACGGAUCAAAAAAUGUUAAGUCUAUUGGUAGAGAUAAAGUAUUUAUUGCUACAACUUAGUUGAUAAAUUGAUGUUGUUGUAAAGCCAUAUGUUCUGUUAAAGUCUUGUUUGCUUGAAAUGGUUACUCCUACAGGUGAAACACUAGACUAUUUGGAGUGUACAUGGCUUGUGGUUUGAGUUACUUUGUUUUUUGUUUUUGUUUUUGUUUUCGUUUUUUGUUUUGUUUUGGUAGUUCCUCUGCCUUUUAACCCAUUCGCCAAAAUUGACCUUGUUAACAAGCAUCACCAAUGAACAUUUCUGAGCAGUUUGCGUAUUUAACAGACCUAAACCGUAUCAGGCAGGCCAGUCGAAGAACGCUCGUGCUGCGCAUGGAUCAGAGCGUGUUCAUUUCACAGGCUCGUUACCAGCCGGAAGUCGGAACCUGGCGCCUGAGCAUGGGAAUGGUCCUCUGCACCUGGUAAGGUUUCCACGCGUAAAUUCUAAACCAGUGUGGUUUUUUUAGAACUGGUUUGUGUAUAUAUAUAGUGAUUAUGGAUACUAAUUCAAUGUAAUUUAUAAUUUUCUAUGUCAAUAUAAAAAUUCAUCACGGCCUUCUCAAACAGCUGAAGCAAUAUACCGUAUAUUGCCAUAUCGUCUGGGGAAAGGGUUCAAUUUCUUCACCUCUUGCACUUCUAGAUGCAGAUCAGGUUUUCAUUUCUGUAAUAGAAAACUAUUCACGUAUUUUUACAUCAUUUGUUUGUCCUGACCAGUAUUUAAAACCAAAAGGUUAUUCUGAAUAAUGGCCAACGAUUUUUUUAGAACUAGCAUCCCAAGCAGCGUGCCUAAACAUUACAUUGCAUAUGGAAAUAAAAAAAAAAAUCAAACGUUUAAUGCCUUAUUUCUUAUUUACUUUUCCAUUGUAAAUGGUGUAGAAAUUCUGUGUGAGGCGUCCCGAGGCAGAUGUAGCCCUCAAGGACAGCGGGGUCAGCGGUGCACCCUGGGACAGAUGGUGGGGUGUCUCCCUCGGCCCUGGCGAGCCCCCUCAGGAACCCUUUCUGUCGUGAGCUCCUCUCAGAAGACAUUCUCCUCACGCGUUCCCUGGAACCUAGCGCCGCCAGAGGACAGGGCUCCUUUCGCUUGUCUCAAGGAUGCUGACUCCGUGACCCAGGACCUUGGGGACCAUGGACGGCUGGUACGCUCUCGUCUCGCCUGGUGGAGCCUUGCCGGCCACCGCAGGGGCUUGGCUGCAGGGAUGGCUCUCGCCGCCUCUGCGCCGUUUGCAUUCGGUUGGCUUCUCCAUCCCACCCAAGGUAACGGCAUCUGUGUCAUCCCACCUACUGCUGAUGCCCGAGCACUUGAGGUUGCCCUUUGUAGUAGUGUUUUGGUUAGCUCACGUUACGUGGCAGGGAAAGGACACGAGGUUGGAAAGAAGAAAGUCUUGCGGGUGCCAGCCCCAGGGCCAGGAGCAAGUACACUCUCAUUUAGUCUCUAGUUUCUGUGUAUUGGCCAUACUGAAUUGCAGGACUAACAGAUGUCUACAAUACAGUACCUGUAUUAAAAAUAAGUACAACAAAAAUAAAGCCUGAUUCUUUGUUUCCAGAAA